AUGGCUCCUUUCUAUUUCACACAGACUCCUCAAUCUGUAUGCAGCAAUAGUUGCCCUCCAGGUUAUCGAAAAGCUUCCCUUCAGGGGAUGCCCAUCUGUUGUUAUGACUGUGUUCAGUGCUCUGAAGGGGAAAUUACAAAUCAAACAGAUGCUGCAGAGUGUGUGAAGUGCCCAGAAGACUCAUGGUCUGAUGAGGAAAGAAUUAUCUGCCACAAAAAGCUGGUCGAGUAUCUCUCAUACGAAGAUCCUCUGGGUGCCACACUAACAUCUGUCAUCAUUUUCCUUUCCACUAUUCCUGCUUUAAUAUUAUCAAUAUUUAUUGUAUAUCGUGACACUCCUAUAGUGAAAGCAAACAACCGGAACCUCAGCUACUUUCUCCUCAUUGCUCUUAUUCUAUGCUUUCUUUGUUCUUUAAUAUUUAUUGGAAUGCCAAGCAAUUCAAGCUGCAUUGUCAGGCAAUCUGCAUUUGGAAUAACAUUUUCAGUUUGUAUCUCUUCUAUUUUGGCUAAAACCAUCACUGUUGCAAUUGUAUUUAGUGCAACAAGGCCAGGGAGUUUCCAACAAAGGUGGGUAGGUUCCAAGACACCAGGUUUUAUAAGCCUCUUCUGUUGUUCUUUACAGGUCUGUAUCUGUUCUGCUUGGUUUGGAACAUCAUCACCUUAUCUAGAUAAAAACCUGAACACUUACAAGGACAAAAUUAUAAUAGAAUGCAAUGAGGGAUCUAUUACAAUGUUUUAUUGCAUGCUAGGAUACCUUGGACUGCUGGCCAUUGUAUGCUUUAUCAUUGCUUUUCUAGUACGAAAACUGCCUGAUAGAUAUAAUGAAGCCAAGUUUAUUACAUUUAGUAUGCUAAUAUUUGUAAGUGUCUGGUUAUCAUUCAUACCAGCAUAUAUGAGCACUAAAGGUAAAUAUGUAGUUGCUGUGGAGAUAUUUGCUAUUUUGUCCUCAGGAGUUGGGUUACUAAGCUGUAUCUUCUUCCCAAAAUGCUACAUCAUUCUACUGAGAUCUGACUUAAAUACUAAAGGUUCUGUGACACAGAAGGUGAACAUGGAAGUUAGGGUCUCUCUCGCCUCACAACCUGAUGCCAGUGUUUCAUUGAACUCUGAUGAUGAUGGUGGUCAUAAAACAAAUGUAAAGUCCCUUGGAAACAAGGAGCAAAAGAUCCAGGCUGAGAAUGUUUCCAAAAUAACAGCAAAAAAUCCACGAAUAUACGUUCAGGUACCAGUUUAUUAA